ACUGCUUCACUGGAUCCAGAGCAAACUGCCCGAUCUCCCCAUCACCAAUUUCACAAGCGACUGGAACGACGGACGGGCUGUUGGUGCUCUUGUAGACUCUGUGGCUGCCGGUCUGUGCCCUGAUUGGCCAGACUGGGUGCCUGCAGAUUCCCUGAAGAAUGCUACUGAAGCAAUGACCCUCGCCGAUGAUUGGCUGGGCGUUCCUCAGCUGAUCACACCAGAUGAGAUGGUCAACCCCAACUGUGAUGAACUUUCCAUGAUGACUUACCUUUCCCAAUAUCCGAACUCGAAGCUCAAGUCAGGGGCGCCUCUACGCCCUCGGACAAACCCCGGCCGGGUAAGGUGCUAUGGUCCCGGUGUCGAGCCCUCAGGACCUGUGGUUGGAGCACCCACCCACUUCACCAUUGAGACCUUCAGCGCAGGCAAGGGGAAGGUGGAGGCCCUGCUACACAAGCCCGACGGACAGGUGGAGAAUCUGGAGUGCAAGUUCAACAAUGAUCGCAAUCUGACUUACACUUGCACGUACACUCCAAGCUGCGAGGGAGAUUAUGUUGUGAUUGUGAAGUUCAGUGGGCGUGAAAUCCCCAAGUCACCAUUCCGCGUGAACGUCUCAGGCUUUGCUGGAGACCCAACCAAGGUGACAGCCUCGGGACCAGGUCUUGAGCCUGAGGGAGUUGUCAUCAACAAGCCAACUUACUUUGAUGUUUUCACAAAGGGUGCAGGUCGUGGUACUCCAUCAGUCAUCGUUCUGGACCCCGAUGGCUUCAAGAACACGGUGCUUGUAAAGACUCGACAGGUCAGCGAGGACGUGUACCGUUCUGAGUACGUGGCCACGAGCAUCGGCCUACAUUCCAUCAACAUCUUCUUUGCUGGACAAUCCAUUCCAGGCAGUCCCUUCGGUGUCAAGGUGUCCCCAGUGUGUGACGCCCGCAAGGUGAGAGCCUCCGGGCGAGGUCUUCAGCAGAAUGGCGUGAGAGUCAAGGACGAAGCUGACUUUAAGGUUUAUACUGAAGGAGCCGGGGAAGGGAAUAUCGAAGUCAGGGUUAUUGGGCCAGGGGGCAAGGAGGAGUCAGUCCGGAUGAAGCAGAUAGAUGAAUAUACUUUUGAGUAUGUCUACCACCCGUGGAAGGAAGGGCGGUACAUCGUCAUGGUGACGUAUGGUGGUCAAGAGAUCCCUAAGAGUCCAUUUGAGGUAAAUGUAGGACCUUACAAGGAAACGAAAAUCAGGGCUUAUGGUCCUGGCCUGAAAGGAGGUGUUGUGGAGUAUCCUGCCCUCUUUACUGUGGAGACAAAUGGAGAAACUGGUGCUUUAGGUUUCAGUAUAGAGGGACCAUCACAGGCAAGGAUUGAAUGUAAUGACAAUGGUGAUGGGUCAGCUGACGUGCGUUACUUCCCCACGGCCCCCGGCGAGUACGCUCUCCACAUCCUCUGCAACAACAAAGAUGUUCCUGGAUCUCCGUACAUUGCUCAAAUUCUUCCCAAGACGGAUUAUUACCCCGAGAAGGUGAAAUGCAAGGGCCCAGGCCUGGAGAAGAAUGGUGUGGUCUCUGGCAAGCCUGCAGACUUCCACGUAGACACAAGAGCAGCCGGUGAGGCUCCGCUAGAUGUCACAGUCAUGGAUGCAAACUACCAGCCGGUGAAAUUGGAUGCUAAGGAUAACAAGAAUGGAACCUAUGACUUCUCUUACAAACCUACUCGAGGGAACAAACAUACAGUUCAGGUGGUCUACGGAGGAGUUGCCUGUGAGAAUUCCCCCUACAGAGUGUUUGUGUCUGAACCCACUGAUCCUGGAGCAGUCAAGGUCUUCGGACCUGGUGUGGAGCGUGGCGUCAGAUCCAACACACCCACACAUUUCAACAUUGACUGUCGUGAAGCUGGACCAGGAGAUGUUCAAAUAGCCCUGACCAACGCCCAGGGUCAAGACAUCCCCAUCGACAUCCAAGACAACGGUGAUGGGACUUUCACCGUCGAGUACCUUACUCCUUCACCAGGGGAUCACCGCGUCACCGUCCUGUACGCAGGGGCUGAGAUCCCACAGUCCCCCAUUGUGGUUCCUGUGCAGUCCCAUGUGGAUGUUACAAAGGUCAAAGUGGAUGGAUUGGAGCCUAGCGUGUUUGUGGAUUCCCCCACCGACUUCGUCGUGGACACCAGGGCCCUCGCCAACCUGAAGAAAGACACGAAGGGCGGCUUGGACGUGAAGGACGGAAAAGGAGACGGCAAGGUGAUGUGCAUCAUCACCAAUCCUUCAGGAACCCGGACAGAUUCCUUCCUCAGGCCUCUUACCGAUGGAACGUACAAGAUAUCCUACACGCCGUUUGAAGAAGGUCGCCACACUAUCGACCUCCUUUAUGAUGGAGUGCCAGUUCCAGGGUCACCCUUCACAGUCAAUGUGCGUCGUGGGUGUGACCCCAACAAGUGCCAUGCUUUUGGCCCAGGUCUCGAUCGUGGAUACGUGAACGAGGUCAAUACGUUCACAGUUGAAACAAAAGGUGCUGGAACAGGUGGUUUGGGCCUGGCAAUUGAGGGACCAUCUGAGGCCAAGAUGACAUGCAAGGACAACCGUGAUGGUUCCUGCACUGUUGAAUACAUCCCCUUAGAGGCUGGGGACUACGAUGUUUCCAUUAAGUUUGCUGACCAGAACAUUCCAGGAUCUCCAUUCAAAGUGGGAGUGGACCAGAAUGUAGACGCAUCCCAGGUCAACGUUUGGGGUUCAGGGCUGGAGCCUGGCAAGGUGCGUGCUGGCGUGCCUCUCACCUUCCACGUCGAUGGCUCCAAGUCUGGAAAGGCUCCUCUAGGGGUCAACAUCAAGACAGAUAAAGGACCACUGCCCAAGUCUCCCGAAAUCCGAGACAAUGGUGAUGGAACCUAUGAUAUCACCUACGUGCCUCAUACGGAAGGAACCAUGCAGACGGCAGACAUCACAUGGGGAGGAAAGCCUGUCCCUGGAAGCCCCUUCCGCACCCGAGUCCGCCCACAAGUCGAGCCAAGCCGCGUGAAGGUGGGCGGUGCGGGCGUGUCCACCAAGGGCAUCCCCGCCUCGCUGCCCACGGAGCUCUCCAUCGACACCAACGAUGCUGGCCACGGCGACCUGCAGGUGGCCGUCACGGGUCCGGACGGCCACCCGCGCAAGGUGAAGGUGGUGGACAACGGCGACGGCACCUACACCGCCUCCUACGUGCCCGACGACUGCGGGAAGUACAAGGUGUCCGUCAAGUACGCGGAUCAGGAGGUCGGACACUCGCCGUUCCCCGUGCAGGCCUACGCUACCGGAAAGGCUGACAAGUGCAAGAUAACGGAGGGCAUAAACCACUCGUUAACGAUAGGCGAAGAGUACUGCAUCACUGUCAAUGCAAAGAACGCCGGUACAGGGGCUGUAACAUGCAGGAUACGAUCAACUUCUGGCAGUGACCUCGACAUCGAUAUCGAAGACAACGGAGACGGCACCUUCAGCAUUUACUACACCGUGAAGGACGCUGGAGAGUACACGCUGUCCGUCAAGUUUGGGGGACAACCGGUUCCCGAUGGGUUCUACUCGUUCACGGCCCAGUCCGUGGAGGAGUACAGGCAGACCCAGACGAAGGUCAACGGCCUGCAGAGAAGCCCCAGCACCUCCAGCUAUCGACCUGUUGAGUUACAUAACAUCCCCUUGCCGACUACAGGAGGCCACGUCACAGCCGAAGUCAAGAUGCCUUCUGGAAGCCUUGACAAGCCCUUGAUCGAGGACAACCGCGAUGGCACCGUCUCUGUCAAGUACGAGCCACGCGAGGAAGGCCUCCACGAACUGCACAUCAAGUACAACCAGGAGCAUGUUCAGGGCUCCCCCUUCAAGUUCCACGUUGACUCCAUUUCCUCGGGUUAUGUAACAGCCUAUGGGUCCGGUUUGGUUCAUGGCAUCACAGGCGAGCCAUGCAACUUCAUGAUCUCCACCAAGGACGCUGGUGCAGGUAGCUCCACACUGCGCGGCGGUCUCUCCCUAGCCGUGGAAGGGCCCAGCAAGGCGGAGAUCUCGUGCCAUGACAACAAGGACGGCACCGUGUCCGUGUCGUACCUGCCCACCUCCCCCGGCGAGUACAAGGUCUCGGUCAAGUUCGCGGACAAGCACAUCAAGGGGUCGCCGUACUCCGUCAAGGUGACCGGCGAGGGGCGCAAGAGGAACCAGAUCAGCGUGGGCUCGCAGUCCGAGGUCAGCUUCCCGGGCAAGAUCUCCGACACCGACAUCAAGACCCUCAAUGCCUCGAUCCAGGCGCCGUCCGGCCUCGAGGAGCCGUGCUUCCUCAAGAAGCUGCCCAACGGACAUCUCGGCAUCUCGUUCACUCCGCGUGAGGUCGGCGAGCACCUGGUGUCCGUGAAGCGCAUGGGAACGCACAUCGCCAAUUCGCCCUUCAAGAUCACCGUCGGCGAGAAGGAAGUCGGUGAUGCCUCCAAGGUCAAGAUCACCGGAGAAGCCCUGAAGGAGGGCGUGACCCACAAGGAGAACCAGUUCACCAUAGACACGAGGGAAGCUGGCUACGGCGGUCUGUCGCUCUCCAUCGAGGGCCCCUCCAAGGCGGACAUUCAGUGCAAGGACAACGAAGACGGAACUCUCACCAUUGGCUACAAGCCCACUGAGCCCGGGUACUACAUCGUCAACCUCAAGUUUGCUGACAACCAUGUCCCUGGGUCUCCUUUCACUGUCAAGGUAACGGGCGAGGGCUCGAACCGACAGACGGAGCGCAUCAAGCGGCAGCGCGAGGCCGUCCCUCUGACCGAAGUUGGCUCUCAGUGCCGCCUGACCUUCAAGCUGCCUGGCAUCUCCUCCUUCGACCUCUCGGCCACCGUGACCUCUCCCGGAGGCAUCACCGAAGACGCCAUGGUGUCCGAGGUCGAGGACGGUCUCUACGGGGUCAACUUCGUGCCCAAGGAGCUGGGUGUCCACACAGUGUCCGUCAAGUUCCAGGACAUGCACAUUCCCGGCUCGCCCUUCCAGUUCACCGUUGGUCCCCUGAAGGACGGCGGCGCCCACCGAGUGCACGCGGGCGGCCCCGGCCUGGAGCGCGGCGAGCAGAACAUGCCGUCGGAGUUCAACGUGUGGACCCGCGAGGCCGGCGCGGGCUCCCUGGCCAUCUCCGUCGAGGGCCCCAGCAAGGCCGAGAUCGACUUCAAGGACAGGAAGGACGGCUCCUGCUACGUGUCGUACGUCGUGUCCGAGCAGGGCGAGUACCGCGUGGGCAUCAAGUUCAACGACAAGCAUAUCCCCGACUCGCCCUACAAGGUGUACAUCUCCCCCGACAUGGGCGAGGCGCGCAAGGUGGAGAUCGCGCAGUUCCCCGAGCAGGGCGGCAAGCCCAACAAGGCGCAGAACCUGCUGGUGCUCAAGAACGGCGCCAAGGGCACGCUCGACUGCAAGUUGGUGGCGCCCUCCGGCCACGAGGAUGACUGCUUCACAGACCCGCUCGACUCGGACACCUACAGCGUGCGCUUCGUGCCCCGCGAGAUCGGCAUCCACUACAUCCACAUCAAGUUCAACGGCAUCCACAUCCCCGGCUCGCCCUUCCGCCUCAGGAUCGGCAAGGAUGAGGCCGACCCCGCCGCCGUCUCCGCCGCCGGCAAGGGCCUCGAGUCCUGCGUGUCCGGCCACAAAUCCGACUUCAUCGUGGACACCUGCAACGCCGGUGCGGGCACGCUGGCUGUCACCAUAGACGGUCCCUCCAAGGUUUCCAUGGACUGCACAGAGGUCGAGGAGGGUUACAAGGUCAGGUACACGCCCCUUGUGCCCGGCGACUACUACAUUGCCAUCAAGUUCAACGGUUAUCACAUUGUUGGGUCGCCGUUCAAGGUUAAGUGCUCAGGCGAGGCUGUAGCGGAGAAGGGCGUGCAGGAGUCCUCUUCAGUAGUAGUAGAGACCGUAGAGAAGCAGAAGUCGGACAAGCACGGCCACGGUGGACCCAUCAUCCCCAGGUUUACCUCUGAUGCCUCCAAAGUCACCAGCAAAGGCCUGGGAUUGAAGAAGGCUCACCUCAACCGACAGAACAACUUCACUGUCAACGCCUCAGCUGCUGGUAACAACAUCCUUUAUGUUGGUGUAUAUGGCCCCAAAGCACCUUGUGAAGAGGUCUAUAUCAAGCAUAUUGGCCAUAACAAUUAUCAGGUUGGAUACAAGAUCAAAGACCACGGAAACUACUUGAUCCUUGUGACUUACGGAGAUCAGCACAUUCCCGGCUCCCCCUUCAUGGUGUCAAUGUUCUAAGACUCCCCAACAUUCUCGCUAUAGAUUGGUUACGUCAUCCGCGACAAGGGCGACUACAUCCUCAUAGUGAAGUGGGGUGAGGAGCAUAUUCCAGGGUCACCCUUCCAUGUCACGUGUUAAUUCACGCGCAAGUCGGAUUCGUCGGCCACUUGUUCUAACCCCCCCUCCCCCUCCCCCCUCCCCUCGCCCCGUUUCUCUCCCCUUUUCUUUUUCCUUGGCUCUUACCUUUCUUCUGUUUUCCUCCCUUUCUCCCAACCCCUACACCUGCCCACCCUGGAUUUGUGGCUCCUGGUCGUCUCCUGAUUGCAUAUCUCCUAAGAAUGACAUUAAUUUUAUAAAUGGUUAGCUGUAAUUAAAUGGCAAUUUUUUUUUUCUUUUUUUUUUCACUUUUUUUUUUAUUGUCACUAUCUUGUUAAUUUAUUCAUAACUCCUCAUGAACGUACCUUUCAACACUAAGAAUAGAUUCACUAUGUUGGACUGGGAAACUUAUGCUCAUUUAGAAUUCACAAAUGGUUUAGGUUAGAAAGGGACGUAGCUUUUGUGCUGAACAUAUCCAUCCAACACUAAUCGCAGACAAAUUGCUGUGUAAUUUUACUGUGAAAAAAGUGGGGUAAAUCCAUCCAGUUUUAUAUGCAGACACAAAAUUGUUGAGAAGAAUAUUUCUUUUUUUCUCUGUCAGUGUGUAUGUUUACUUAUAUAUGUAUCAUCCAUGAAAGAGAUUCUUUUUAUAGUUUUUUCUCAUUUUUUCUUCCGAAGUAUACACGGUGCUCCCUCUACGUUAAGGCUUGGCUUAUAUCUAUAAAUGCUCACCAAUAGUUGUGCCUAACCAUUGGAGAAAAGUUUACUGUUCCUGUUAUGUUGUUGAAAUUAUAAUAAAUAUUAUUUAGCUAACAUUCUAAAUUAUUAUAGGUACUUAAAAACUUAUAAAAAAAAUAAUAUGUGCUUGAUUUGCUCUGCUACUGAAGGCUAGGAUACAUAAAGCAAAAAAUGCAAAAAAAAGUAUAUAUUAUUUCCCUCCUCUUCCCCCAAAGUAUACAGAAGUUCAUAGAUUGAGUUUCCAUGCUUGUAUUUAGUUGUAAGAAUGAAAGUUGCAAUUUUUUUGCCAUCAGAUUCUUCGUAAAUUGCUUGAGAAGUUCUCAGCAAUCUUUCAUCUUUCAGUCUGUACGUGUGAUUCUUCACUUACUGUUACUUUGAUUUUUGUUUUUUUUCUUCUUUAUUAUUAUUAUGAUUAUUAUUUUUUGGGCAAAUUCUAACAGUGAUCAACCUACAGAUGUUAUAAGAGCGAGGAUUCUUCAAAACCAAUCUUACUUGGUGAUGUGUAUGAUGAUUUUGAAUACCUUGCCAAACCCCAUGAUGAAAUAGAUGCUGAUUAAGUGCCAAUUUGACUUUCUAUUCAUUUGUAAAUUGCUAUGGCUUUAUUGUUGCAGAGAAACUUGUGUUAAAGCUCCUCUUCAAGCCUAAAUAGUUAACUCAUUUGUAAGCUUGGUACUCAGACCCUCAAAUAUGCCAUUGUGGCCCAGAGUAUAAAUAUUUUCACAAGAGGAAAUAAAAGGCUUAAGUGGGAUAAA